GGCUACGACGAGGAGAGCCAGCUCACGGACGGUGUGCGCCGGAGGCCGUAUACCCUCGUGCUGUUCGACGAGUGCGAGAAGGCCCACCAGGACGUCUUCAACCUGAUGCUUCAGAUCCUGGAAGACGGGCGCCUGACGGACUCCAAAGGCCGCCUGGUGUCGUUCAAGAACACGCUGAUCAUCCUUACGUCCAACUGCGGCGCGAAGGAGAUCGAGAAGAUGAUGGUCGGGGGCGAGAUCGGCUUCUCCACGGGGGACUCCCUCGACGGCGGCGAGACAGGCCAGUCCCAGUACGGUAUACUCAAGUCCAAGGUGCUGGAGCAGCUGAAGGGCUUCUUCAAGCCAGAGUUCCUCAACAGGCUUGACGAGGUCAUAGUCUUCAAGUCCCUCUCCAAGAUGGAGGUGGCGCAGAUCGCCGAGCUCGAGUUCAAGAAGGUGAACGGGCGGUGCGACGAGCGAGGCAUCAGGUUGUCGCUCACGGACCGCUUCAAGCGCAAGUGCGUAGACGAGGGCUACAACCCGGUGUACGGCGCUCGCCCCCUGCGCCGCGCCAUCAUGCGCCUGCUGGAGGACAAGCUGGCCGAGUCGUUCCUGACAGACCCCACUGUCGAAGGA